GCCAGGCCUCAGAUCAAAACUAACGAUAAACCAGCUCAUCUGUGAGUUUACGCUAAUAAUCACACCAGCAAACCCUUUCUUUAAUAGCACACCAGGUCGCUGCACUCCUAUGCAUUUAUCUUAUUUUAUCGGACAGAUUUCCUCCCGCAGUCUGGAGAGGUUAGCUUUUUGUAAUAGGUUAUUACACGUGUUAAAGGUGUAAUAUGCUUGCUAUAAAAGUUCUCGCUCUGUAGAGUCGCAGGAUUAAUUUAUUCAUGUUUUUAGACAUGCUGAACAGCAGCAAGCACACCUUCAGGUUGGACAUAUAUGAAAGUAGGUAUUGAUCAUCAGUGCGUUUAGUUUGUCAAGUGACACACUGCCAUGUCAGAGGCUCUGAUCACAGGGCACACAUCCGAGGAUCUGCUGGCAGAUUUUGAGACCCUGCUAAACUCUGGAAGUAUCAACCUGAGUGAAGAUCACCAGAUUGUGAUCAUCACCAGCCCCACCAAUGAGGGACUGCACCCGGCCGCUGCCCCGUCCAGCACAGGGGAGAUCCUGCUGUUUGCGACGCCCCAGGGGCCUGCUGAUGUGGGAAUCCAGGAGAAGAGGCGGCCAGUUCUGGGAAGACCUCCGGUAAAGAGGAAGCUGGACCUCGAUAGCGACCAUCAGUAUGUCAGCACAACGCGACCUUCCAUCAGCCAAGCACCGCCCUCUACACCUGCCCCUCCCAGAGUUCCCCGACCCACAUCAGAGAAGUCUCGUUAUGACACCUCUCUGAACUUGACCACCAAGCGGUUUCUGCAGCUUCUUUCUGAGUCCUCUGAUGGAGUGGUGGACCUGAACUGGGCCUCCCAGGUCCUGGAUGUGCAGAAAAGACGCAUCUAUGACAUUACCAAUGUUCUGGAGGGAAUCCAACUCAUCUCUAAAAAGUCCAAGAACAACAUCCAGUGGCUCGGCAAUCGAGUCGACGGCACUUUGGUGGCCCGCCAUAAGGAGUUGCAGAAAGAGGUGUGUGACCUUACGGAGGCCGAGGAGCAGCUGGACGAGCUCAUCGCCAAAUGCAACCUGCAGCUCCGACUGCUCACCGAUGAUCCACAGAACACAAAGUUGGGGUAUGUGCGCUGCCAGGACUUGAAGAAGUCAUUUGAUUCUCCAGACCAGCUGGUUAUGGUGAUCAGAGCACCGCCAGAAACCCAGAUGCAGGUGUCUGAACCCAGCGAGGGUUACCAAGUGUCGCUGAAGAGCACGUGUGGACCCAUCGACGUUUUCCUCUGUCCAGACGACAGCUCCGGCGUCUGCAGCCCCGUUACAGGUGGCAGUCCCGCAAAAACCAGCACUGACCCCUCCCUGGCCCCGCCCUUGUUACAGUCCACUGACCUAUCACAAAGCACAGUGUCCACAAGCAGAUCGGAUGUGUGCUUAUCGCCGGGGUCCACGUCGUCCACGGUAACGGCAGUAUCUCAGCAUGACCCGUCGUCCCUGGUGAUGGGCAGCGAAACUGAGUCCCUCCUGGGAGGCGACCCCUUCUGCCUGGGAGAUAUGCCCGAUUUUGACCUCUCACCCCUCGCUUCCUCGGAUCUUCUGAACGCAGAGGGCCUCAGGUUGGACAGUUUCAUUAACCUGUCCCCACCUCACGGUCACGAUUACCACUUUGGGCUGGAGGACCAUGAGGGCAUCAGCGAACUGUUUGACUGUGACUUUGGUGACCUCUCGCAGGUUUUGGGGGACAGUUAGAAGAUGUGUGGUGGAUUUCCUCUGCAGUUUCCUCUUUGUCCUCUGUGUCUGCAGGAAAGUCUGAAAUGGACAUUUUUAUGGAUGGGUUUUGGUCAUGUACCUAUAUGUAAUUUUAAAAUUGUGGGCUGUGUGUGUGUGUUUGAGCCUACAGUCUCAGAAUUUAAAAUUACUGGCACUUCUCUUUGGCCAUUUAACCAUUUUAGAGGGAAAAAACCUUUAGCUUUUGAAUAGCUAUUUAAAUUAUUUAUAUGAAUGUUAUUUGAUUGUUUUGUACCAUGUGAGGAUUUUGUUUAUGUUAGUGUAUUUUGUAGGCGUGUGUAUUUUUCUCACGCGCCAACUUCCUUAAUGUUGGCGAGCUUGCGUUAACUCAGCUGGUUUCUGUGCGGGAGGGGACAAAAAGAAAACUGAAAAAUACUGGGAGCCCCACAGCAAUAAGCUGAAGGCAGGUACAGAUUGUUCACAGUUCAACUUUCUAAAAGCGUCUCGGUGCUGCAAGUUUGUAACACUGUAAUCUUUAAAGGCUCCGCCCCUUUAGCACCUUACUUGGUUGCAGUUGUGAAUACGAAGCACUUAGACAACAUUUACACAUGACUGUGUACCAGAGUCACAAAUCACGCCAGGAAUCAAAAUUUUAUUGGAAUAAACUGUAGAACGGCCAUUUCCAAAUUUAAGACCAGGACAUUUUCGGAACAAAUUUGAUUGACACACGAUUCUUUGUGUGGUUGCACUCUGUCAGAUAAGUAAGGAAUAAUGCAUCAUUUUAAUCCCAUAUCUUUGUUUUAUUCCGUUUACAUUUGUAAAACUAUCUUAAAUAUUUUAGGGUUAAUUUUAACUGCUGCAAAAUUAAAAAUCAGGUGUAUGUACUUUUUUUGUGAUCUUCACAGGCUUCACACUUUAUGAAUCCAUAUUGUUGAAUAGUUAAAAAAAAAAAAAAACACUGCAGAAGUAAAGCUGAUGCUCUGCGGGUUACGGAUGUUGCUGUUAAUGUGAAGUCACCAUUCAAAUGAGGCGACCUCACAGGCUUUGGACGAGCUGAAACACACCUCUUUGAAUGUCAUAAAUGUUGAUUUUUGGGAGCCGUUCGUUUUAUUUCUGUGGAGGAGGUGAUGCUUUCAGGUCAUUUGUUGAAGCAGGAAAUCCGAAAAUGGGGGGUGGGAGAACACUUAAAUGAAAUCUGGUGAUGUGGUGGGGUCGGUAAACUGGUUAUUGGUUUUUGAGCGGAUGUAAGUCGAGCAUGUUCCUCUUGUGUCUCAUUGGUUUUGAUCUUAUUAACUGUUAAAGUGUUGGUGGGGGCGCUGCCAGGUUAUGCACACCAGGAUUCUGAGAACUUGGACCAAAGUACUAAAAUUAGGGAAAUCAAUAGGACUGCUGGGGCUCGAUUGGAGUCUCUUUUAAAGGUACAGUGUGUAGGAUUUAGGUGUGUUUAUUAGAAGUAGAGUCUAACAUUCUUAACAGUCUAUUUAUUAAUGUGUAAUUACCUACAACAAAGAAUCAGUGUAUUUUCCUUAGCUGAGAAUGAGCCCUUCAUAUCUACAUGGGUGCAGCCCCCCUCAUGGAGGGCACCAUGUGGAUACAGUAGCCCAAAGGGACAUCUAUACCCCCUAUACACUGUCUAGUGGUUGCUAUUGCAGUCUAACGAGUUUGAGAAUCUUCAUUUUUGUGAAAUAUAGUAUUAUAUAUUGCAUUUAUCACAAGAGAGAAGGUGAAGCAUGAGUCUCCCUCACCAAAAAAAGUGAAAACAUGAAGGAAAACCAGCCUGGUAAUCUGCAACCUCACCACUAGAUGCCACUAAAUCCUACACACUGUAGCUUUAAGGGAAAAAGGUUGUUCAAAUCUUUUUUUUUUUUGAAUGUUGCUCAACAGCCAUUGGGGGGGGAAUCCUAACAUAUGAUGAUGGUUUGAAGGAAAGCGCAUGAUAAGCGACUGCUGCGGUGAUGUGACUAGCUUGUGGCGUUUGGAGCCGAGUCUUAAAAGUUUGAGUGUAAUUGCUGUAGGUUCUUUUCAAAGCUGUCGUAGGUCUGCAGUAGGUGUUGACAGGUUUGGAAAACAUUUGUAGAAGGUGAAAUAAUGUCCACGUGGGGAACCUGUCAACACAUACCGGGCUUUGACCUGUGCAUGUGUUGGAUCCUGUUUUCCUAAAAAAAAAAAAAUAAAAAAAAAAACAUUUGGUGGGGUUGGUGAUUUAAAAAAGAAAAAAACAGCGCAGCUUUAACUGAUUUAAUCAGAGACGACCGUACGAAGGGUUAAAGUGAAAUGAUGGACACAUUUUGUUAUUGAGUCAGUUAGGACUGUUAAAGUUCAUGCCUUAAAUCAAUGAUUUCUACCAGGGGAGUCUUAUCAGAACCCAGAAGGAUUGUUUUUGUUGUUUUUUUGUGUUUUUUUUUUUUGCCUUUUCUGCUGUUUUGUUGUUUACUCUUCAUAUCACGUGCGACUGCAUGUUUGUUUGAAAUGAGCAGCAAUAAGAAACCCAGAGAUGG